AUGCUAGCAAUAUUUACUUAUAUUUUUGCACAUUACUUUAUUAAAUUAAUAUAUAAAUAUUGUUUCACAUUCAAAUUUUUAUAUUACAUCAAGAAAUCCAAAUCAAAUCUUUUAAAAAAAAUUUUUAUAAAGAUCUACUAUUAAAUUUAAUAAGUAUUGGAAUUUCACAAAAUUAAGACAAUCUAAGUUAUAAGCUAAUUUUUUUAAGCAAACAGUUGCUUUAAAGUAUUUUUAUUUUUGUACUCCUCUUAAUAAUAUGGUUUUCGUCAAAAUAUAUCUAUAAUUCUCAGUUUCAUAUUUUUACUUAUAAUUGUCAUUAUUAUGAUUAAUACCUUUAGAGGAUAAUUUAAAAAAAUUAAAAUUGACUAAUUAAAAAAUUCAUAACUUGAAACACUUAUUUUAUUUAAAAAGAUUAUGUUUCUUUUUAUUUUAAUUGCUAUUUAAGCCUAACCUAUUGUGUAAUGUAUCUUACUGUCAUUUAUCUUGUGCAUUUAUGUUGGUUUUCUUCUUGCUAAUUACAAAUUAGAUUUUGAUUUACUAUUGAAAAUAUUGCUUGAAAUCCCUGUAAUCUUAUUUAUAUUAAUUAAUUUAUUCUUUUGUGAUGACUUUGAGAUAUUUAUUACUCCAUCAAAAUAAAUCAUAUUAGGUUUUUUUCAGAUUUGUUUAUUAAUGUUAAGUUUAUUUGCACCUAUUAUCAAAUUCACUCUAAAAUUUUAUCAAAAUUUCAGUAUAUAUAGAAAACUAAGAGAAAAGAAAUAAAUUACAAAAACUGCCAAAAUCUUUGAAAUUUUGAAAUGGUGA